ACCAGCUACAGGGGCAUCGCACCAGCAGCAGCAGCAGCAGCAGCAGCCCCGCCGCCGUGGUGUCGGAUCCUAAAGCAACAGGACACAGUCCGGGAGGGAGAGGACGGGACGCAGCCUGGAGCACAAAGGUCAUUCACUUUCAUCCAAAGCCAUGGGGUUCAAAUGCUUUGCCGUGAUGCUGUAUGUCACCAUGAUGCAUCUUGUCUCAGGUAUGCGCUUUAUGACUCCUGAGCCGGAUGCACCCCCAACAUUAGCCCCAGACUCACCAGCUGACCUGAUCCACGCUGCCCUGCAGAGUAAGGAGUACUUAGGACGAGCUUCUGCAGCAGCAGGUACGACCACAAACCCGACACAAGCUGUGCCUGGACUCGGGCGCAGCGAGUCUGCAGCGACAGCCAUGUCACCAGGGCUCCUCACCACGGCUUUAAGCUCGUCUUCUGCUGCCGGCCAGACAGGAUCAAGGCACAGCCUGUCUCUGCUGCCCAUAGAGGAGGAGACAACCACCACUCUGAUCACCACAACCACCAUAACCACGAUGCACAUGCCAGUGCAGUGCAACGCGACUCUGUCAGCGAUGGAGGAUGUCGUUGAGUCACCACAUCCUGCGUCAUCAUCAUCAUCGUUUGCCCCUCUGGAAUGCACCUACAGCAUCACCGUGUACGCAGGGUACGGCGUGGAAAUUCAGGUGAGAAAAGUGAAUCUGUCCAAGGAAGAAACUCUGACGAUCACGGGGCACGGAGGCACGGCGCCAGAGCUGUUAGCCAACGAGACCCUGAUGAGAGAGGGUCAGGUGAUCCGCAGCACAACCAAUCAGGUGUACAUCCACUACCGCAGCCUCCGACAGACCAACCACGGCACGUUCAGCCUCCACUAUCAAGCCUUUCUGCUGUCCUGCCCUUUCCCCCUGUCUCCUGAGGGCGGCGGCGUGACAGUGACGGACAUCCAUCCUGGAGGUCAGGCGCACUUCCACUGCGAUUCAGGCUUCCAGGUUCGUGGCCACGAGGUGUCCACAUGUGUCAACACGACGCAGCCUCGCUGGAGCACCCGUGAGCCUCAGUGUGUCGCUGUGUCUUGUGGAGGUUGGAUUCGUAAUGCGACAGUGGGCCGGAUCCUGUCUCCACCCCCGACAUCCGUCAGCAACCACAGCAACGUCAAUAACCUGAGCUGCCAUUGGUUGAUAGAAGCCAAAGAGGGACACAAGCUCCACCUGCACUUUGAGAGGAUCGCACUGGAUGAAGACGAUGAUAAGUUAAUUGUGCGAAGUGGAAACAGUUCCCUGUCUUCACCGCUCUUCGACUCAGACCUGGAUGACGUCCCAGAGCGCGGGCUGCUCAGCGAGAGCUCCACGCUGUACCUGGAGCUCACAGCGGACUCUUCCUCCAUCCCUCUGCUUCUGGCUCUGCGAUAUGAGGCUUUCGAUGAUGAGCACUGCUGGGAACCUUACAUGCCCCAUGGGAACUUCAGCAGCAGCGACAUCACGUAUCAGCUCGGCACCACUGUGACCUUCACCUGCUCUCAAGGCUUCGUCAUGGAGCAAGGCUCAGGGUCGAUCGAGUGUGUCGACCCCAGCAGCCCCCACUGGAACGACAGUGAACCUGUGUGCAGAGCUCUGUGUGGAGGGGAGUUGACUGAGCCCGCAGGGACCAUCCUGUCUCCUGAUUGGCCCCAGAGCUACUCCAAGGGGCUUGACUGCGUGUGGCAGAUCCAUGGAAGUGAUGACAAACGCAUUCUGCUCGAAGUCCAGAUCAUAAAUAUCCGCCACACUGACGUGUUGACCGUUUUUGAUGGACACGAUCUCAUGUCUCACGUGAUCGGACAGUACCUGGGGUCGCGAGAGCGUUUCCAGCUACUGUCAGGGGGGUCAGUGGUCACCAUCCAGUUUCAGAGUGAUGCGGAUGACUCCAGUUUUAUCCUGAGUCAGGGAUUCCUCAUUCAAUACCGUGAGGUGGAGCCAAAUGACACUUGCCCCACCCCCCCUCAAAUUGAGUUUGGCUGGAUCAGCUCGUCCCACACCUCCCAUAUGAGAGGCAGUGUGCUGACCUAUCAGUGCCAACCAGGAUAUGACAUCAGGGGCUCCGAUAUCAUCACCUGCCAGUGGGACCUUUCCUGGAGCAGCAGUCCACCUACUUGUGUUAAAGUCCAGCAGUGUCCCGACCCCGGAGAGGUGGUGAACGGUGCUCGCUCUGUGCGCCCUGAAGCCGGUUUCGCGGUUGGAACCGUCGUCCGUUUCUCUUGCAACCAGGGUUACCAGCUGGAGGGCCCCAGCCAGAUCUCCUGCCACGGACGAGACACCGGCACACCCAAAUGGAGCGACCGCAGCCCGAAGUGUGUCUUGAAAUAUGACCCGUGUCCAAACCCCGGAGUCCCUGACAACGGCUAUCAGACCUUGUACAAACACAGCUACCAGGCGGGAGAGACGCUGCGUUUCUUCUGUUACGAGGGCUACGAACUUAUCGGGGAGGUCAUUAUCAGCUGUGUUCCCGGACACCCCUCUCAGUGGAACAGCCCGCCACCCUUUUGCAAAGUGGCGUAUGAGGAGCUCCUGGAUGAUCACAAAUUAGAAGUGUCUCAGUCAUUUGAGCCGUCCCAUCAGAUCCUGAGUGAGAACAUUGCUUUGGCAAUAAUUCUGCCGAUCAUCCUGGUCAUCCUCCUGAUCGGAGGGAUUUAUAUGUACUACACCAACAUCUGCAGACUAGAAUGGAAGCCGCUCUUCUGGAAGUCUCUGUCUCACACACACUCCUACAGUCCGAUCACGGUCGAGUCCGAUUUCAACAACCCUCUGUACGAGGCAGGGGACACACGGGAGUAUGAGGUGUCCAUUUAAAGGAGAAAGUGUUUUUGGUGAGAAAUAAGAACCACACAAAGAUUCAAUUAUUUUCGAAGAAAAAUUCCUGAAUAUUCUGAGGCCUCAUCCCCCCUUUAUCAUAUCAUUUGAAAGUGUGUCUCAGUUUUACCACCACUGACUCUCUGGUUUUUCAAUGGUGGAAGUGCUUUAUUUGUGUCGGGGUGGUCUGCCAAACAUGGGUCCUAUUUCACGAUCCAAUUUUCUGUAUCAUUAGGACUGGUGCCUUAGGAAGGGUAAGAAAUUGACAACAUAGAAAAUAAUUUUUAAAAGUGUGGGAAGAAUAAGAAAUGAACGGGAAAGGGAGAUUUAUUCAUUCAUUUCGAUAAAUCAUACCAGCCAAAAUACUAGAUAGCUUGGCAAUACUUUAUUUGUAACAAUCAACGGUUACAUUCAUGAGUAUAUAAUACACGCUGAAUGUGUUUCUUUAGUUUUUUUUUAGAGUGACUCGUUUUACAUUUUACAAAGCGUUGCGGUAAAGAAGAAGAACAUUUCAAAUUUCAUCAAGAGAAAAGUAAUGUUCUCUUCUUCACUUUGUCUUUCUCUCUGUGUAACACACACAAAUUGAAUGUAAAUAUCUGACUUAAUAUUUAUUGAGGUUUAUAUAUAUACUUGGUUCUAUAUAUACACAUAUAUAUACAAACAUGGCUAUAUAUAAGCCUCAUAUAUACACUUAUAUGUGGUGGCGGGAGGUUAUAUAUUUUCAUUAUAUACGUAUAUAUGUAUGAUGAAAAUUCAGUGCCAAAAUAUAAUGUUAAAUACUUUAAUGUCCCUAAGUGUUUCAUCUGUUGUCGCAAUAGUGUUUACAAAAGCAGUGUUUCUUUUAUUCUUUGCUGUUUCUGGAGUGCACUUUCACCCGGUGUCACGUUACAUAUAAGAAGAGGCGAGGAGAUGAAUGUCAUUAUGCUUAGAGCAUGCACUGAUUGUAAAUUAUAUUGCUUCUGCUCAAUCUUGCCAUUAUCCUUAUAGUUAUUGACAGUUAUCAUUGUUCUCAGAUUUGAUGUUGUAUGCACUAUGUUGAUGAAAACUUGCAAACUUGGCUGCUUGCUGUGAUGCAUUAUGUAUUUAUUUACCAAUGAUUGUUUGGACAGUGGAUGUCGUCCCAUUCACUGUGACAAAAUCAAGGAUCUUCGGAGACUGUUGCUUUGUAGACUAAAUUCUUCUCUUAUCAUCGGUAGCAUUUUUUUGCUUCAUAUAUGAAAUACACUCUUUUGAAGGCAGUGGAUUAUUUGCUGAACUGGAAAUAAAGUCUCUGUUGAA